ACGAGAAAGACAGAGAUAAGCUGAGGACCCGUAAACCCGAAGCAGGUUAAAGUACAGUUAUGGAAAGAGAGACCUGCUGCUAAUUUCUUUCUGAUAAUGGCAGCUGCUGAUGUCGUGGUGGUGGGAUCCUGUAUGACUGAUCUGGUGAGCCUUACUACCCGUCUGCCCAAAGCUGGAGAGACCAUACAUGGGCACAAGUUUUUCACUGGAUUUGGUGGGAAAGGGGCCAACCAGUGUGUCCAGGCAGCUCGACUUGGGGCUAAAACCUCAAUGAUCUGCAAGGUUGGAAAGGAUUCCUUUGGUUAUGAUUAUAUUGAAAAUUUGAAGAAAAAUGGUAUUCCUACAGAUUUUGUAGGUCAAGCCGAGAAUGUGGCCACUGGAGCUGCUUCAAUCAUUGUUGAUAAUGAAGGGCAAAACUUUAUUGUCAUUGUUGCGGGAGCAAAUUUACUUAUGGAUUCUGAAGACUUAAGGAGGGCUGCUCAUGUCAUCUGUCAAGCCAAAGUGAUGGUCUGUCAACUUGAAGUAACCCCGGCUGUUUCUCUGGAAGCUUUGAAACUGGCACACAAGAGUGGAGUGAAGACAUUAUUUAACCCUGCUCCCGCUCUGGCUGAUCUAGAUCCACAGUUUUAUAUCCAUUCCAACAUCAUCUGCUGCAAUGAAAGUGAGGCUGAAAUUCUGACAGGCAUCACUGUCUGCAAUGUCAAAGACGCUGGUCGUGCAGGCCUUGUGCUGCUAGAGAGAGGCUGUAAGACUGCAGUUGUAACCUUGGGCCUGGAGGGCUGUAUAAUGGUCUCUGCGAAGGAACCCAUUCCAAAACAUGUUCCUGUUAAGAAGGUCACUGCUGUGGACACCACGUUAUGGCUGCCUUGAGCAGGUCUCUGGAGAGAAGGCAUGUAAUCAGACUGGACCCUACAGUCUUCCUCUUCUCCCUGCAGGACUUGCGACCUCCAGAAUGCUUUGUGUUCACAGUCACAGGAACCCUGUGCAACAGGGUACAAGGAGCUGCUGUGAAGAGGGAGAAUCGGGCAGCAUCACACCUCUCUUUGUAAUUGCACUAGCAGAGUUUCCAGUGACACAAGAGGUUUCUUCUAUGUAAGGAGGGUGCAUGAAUGGCAGGGAGUGCUGUCAUUCAUUUCACUCUCUUCACAGCAGUUCUCUGCAGCAUUUUGUCCACAGGCAUCUAUGUUUCUGAGCAUCAUCUUUUCAGAGGUCUCAGGUGAUCACUGGAACCACAAGGAGGUGGCAAAGAUCAGUAAACAACUUCUCAUGAUUCAAUAAGCUUCCAUGUUUAUUUCGCAAGAAGGCUGUGAGAGUAAUAAAAUCAGUUAAUUAUAGGGAUGUAGCUCAGCAUCAUCCCUCCUCCCUUCUCAGCUCCUCUUGUAUGCCUUGAAUGUGACUGCAAGUUCUGGACAAAGCCUAAGCCAGGCGAGUGAAGUGGCUGCUGCAUAUGCAUCCAUCCAGGAAAAAAGUUAUUCUUUGUUUCCUGACUUUGUGGCCUAACGGUUCUGACUCAAGAGAAUAUAAAUACUGAAGUCAACCUAGUGACUAAUUACUCAAAAUUCUGUGCAUCAGCAGAAGUGGAACCUGUGGUCAGCUCUAAUACUAUGAAAUGCCUUUGCUAUUUAAUAAUAUCCCUCGCCGUUUGCUAUCUUGCAUGCUGUUUGUACAAAGAACAGUGAUUUUUGUUUCGCUUAACUGCUUGACAAUGAAGAAAGCAGCUGCUAGUAAAUGAAGCCCUUGGCAGACAAAGCAUCCAAGGGGAGACUUUUGCAACUCACCCAAAGGAGGGCAGUUAACCUUUUCUUACCCAUAGCUGUUAGCGUGAUAGUGAAAAGUGGCAUUGACCAGUCAGAGGGGGCCUGUUAACAGUGGCAGCAAUUAUCAGGCAAGUAAUUGGGGCUCUAAUUGUUGUUAAUCAUAGUCUGUGAGGAGGAGGGUAUUAUUGUAAAAUUAUGCCCCAGAUACUGAUAGAUAAUAGCGUCCUUUAUAUAUCAUGUAGCCAAAAUAACCCUGUGACUUGGCCUUCUGCUUUCUUGCCUACAAAUAUUCAAGCCAAAUGAAUUUUUGUAAUACAAAGGGCCAUACAGAAUAA